AUGGCAAUGAACGAAGUUGAUACGGAUUUGUUGGAAUUCAGAUUGCUCAAACAACAUAAACCUGGUGCAGAUAGAUUGAGCCGUCUUCUUGCAUUGCAACCAGAAUUCAUUAACUUGGUGACUGCAGCUCUCGUAAACUCUCCCAGUGGAACAUAUAUUUCUGCACCAACAACAUUCCUGGACAAAGAAUGCGGCGCAAAAGUGGAUUUGGACUUCAUCCAUCGUGCAUUCUCGUAUUGCAUUGAGGCCUACAAACGAUACGGCAUUCUUCCUAUUGUCUUGGUGUUUUGUAUUAAGCAGAUGGACCGGUUUCUUUUGGUGGAAAAGUUCAAGACAACGCAACAAUGGCCCUAUAUGCUGGAAACAGAUUGCUCGCUUGUAUCUAGGCACUUUUAUUUUUUGACGAAGGAUAGCAUCAUGGAUUUGGUCAAUGCGGACGAACCACUACCGCCUCUUGCUGCCGUUGCCCAUUUUUUGAUUUCUGGUGAACCAAGCAUCAUCGGCAACUCACGAUGGGACGAUGAACAUAUCAAAUUACUCUAUCAAUUGAGUAUGGAAGUUGCUACUCAAGAUGGUACACAGGAAUCAAGUCGGCUGGAUACACUGAAACGAGUAUGUGUUGACACCCACGAUCAAUUCGAAAAAAUUGUCAAAUAUGUCCGCUUGGAUCCUGGUCGAGCUGUCCGUUAUGCAUCAGCUGGAAUGGAAUACACCUCUCAAAUGGCUCGAAAAAUUGAUGACCUGCUAUCCAACGAGGACGAUUGUGUUACUCCCAUGGAGGAACCUGACGCUGAUGACCUGGUCUGCAAUGAUCCAGCAAGGAAGCCUGAAUCCGACUUUGAUAAACAGGCCAUUUUGGACUUCAUUGACAAGUUCAAGAAGGAAUUCAAGGGCAGGAUGAAUUGGAAUGUCUGUUACGCUGCUGCCACAAAAGAUCCCUCACUGUCAAAUGCAGUUGUUCGCUAUGCCAACGCGGUUAGCUUCAAGCGCUCAUAUUACCGAUUUAAGUAG